UUCGGGGACAGUCGUGAAUCUUCUUUUGAAUCGAACGGACGUCUCACGUCCCAAAAACUCGAUCGAACCGUUGCGGGCUGUAUAUGCAUAUAUUGAUUUAGACAGUCAUACGUGUAUCGACUCGGACGGAUAUAUAAUUUUUAUCGGUUUUCAUUUACGAAUUUCAUUCCCGCAACCAACGUUACGAAAAAGCUGACUCCGCGAUGGGGGAAAAUGAAGGCGAUCUCGAGCCCAGGGCUUCCGCGGAGCCGGACGCCGCUCCGGCCCAGGAUACCCUCCAAGUGCCAACGCAAAAGAAACGGAAACUCAAGUCGCCAACUCCGGGCAGCCUGCGCGGACGCAGUGCGACGCCCAUCCAUGGCCGGAGCCAGACACCCUUCACCCUUUACAUGACCCGACGCAGUGCCACGCCCUCCACCUGGCGCAGCAUCACCCCGUUCCUGAAGCGAGAGGAGAAGGAGAAAACUCCAUUCGAGCUGGGCAGGGACAUCAAGAGCCAGACGACCUGCAACAUCGCCGUCUUCGAUCGCGCCCUCAUCAUGGACAUCUCGGAGCCGGCGGAUCUGCAGAAGCCCGUGCGUUACAUAACCUCGGAUCUCUCGGUUAUCGAUCGCGCUGCUGUAAUGGAUGUCUCGAAUGUUGAGGUUAUAUACGUAGUGGAGGAGUACGAGGAGGUCGAGGAGGAGGAGAUCAUCGAGGAAGUGAAGCCCAAAAAGAAGGAGAAGAAGGCCCGAAAGCCACGUGUUCAGCGCAAGUCCAUCGACAAGGACAUGAGUCCUUCCGGGGCAGAGGACAACGAAGACGGUGGCGACUAUGGGGCAGAAGAUAGGGAGGACAGCAUCGACCUUGACGACUCCGACGAGCCCGUCAAGAAGGGCAAGAAGAAGGCUCCGCCCAAGAAGAAGGAGAAGAAGGAAAAGUCGCCGAGCCCCAAGCUGACCUUGAAAUUGGAGAUCGGCGGCGGCCAAAAGGCCAGCAAGAAGAUGUUUGAGCAGCAGCAGGCACAGCAGGCAGGUCCGAAACCCCCUCCCAAAAAGAGCAAGAUGGUGCUCCAGAUGGAGGAGCAGGCUCGGGCCGCGGCCAAGGCUGCUGAGGAGGAGGCUGCCCGUGCCAAGCCGAAAGGCGAGACCUUCGAGGAACGCCAGAAGCGGCUGGCUGCAGAGAAGGAGGAGCAGGAUCGCAUCGAGGCCGAGCAGCGUGCUCUGGAAGAAGCGGAGGCCGAGGAGGACGAAGAGGAUCCCUCGGCCAUGGGCGAAGAGGGCGAGGAAGGCACUGAGGCGGGCUACGGAGACGAGGACCAGGAACAAUACCAGGAGGAUGGUGGGGAGGAGGAACGCCUCGACGAGGCUGAGGAGGAGGAGGACCAGGUGACGGACCUCAAGAAGAAGGACGAAAAACGAAGGGGCAGUGAUUCCUCCGACGACUUCGUGCGUCCGGAUCCCUACGAGGAGGAGCGCUGGCAGCGCAUCGCCGCCGUCGAAGGCGAGGAGUUCAUGCAGCAAAUGCGCAAGUACAGCCAGGCCAAGAGGAUCAGCGAGAAGGAACGCGACGCCGACUGGCAACGUCGUCGGGAGCAAGCCCGCAAUCCGAAGUUUAUCAACUUCUUAUCCGACCGAGCUGCCGAGACCGGCCAAAGUGUCCGGCUGGCGUGUGCGGUGGACGGCCCGGAACUCUCCGCCAAGUGGUUCCACAACAAGAAACAGCUGGAGCGCGACGGCUGCCAUCGCAUCAUGAACAACAACAACAUCCUCGUGCUGGAGGUGCUGAACACCACCAUCUUGGACUCAGGCGAAUACUCCUGUGUAAUUUCCAACCAAAACGACGAGGUCACCUCCUCGUGCAUUGUCACCAUCUACGAAGUCUUCAAGGACGAACCCAAGCCCCCUUCUAUCCAAUACAUAAAAGAGUACUACCACCUGCGGGACGAUGAACUAACCAUCGAGUGCCAUGUUCACGGCGUGCCACGUCCGAUAAUCACAUGGUGGCGCGGUGCCUUCCAAGUGACGCCCAGCUACAAGUUCACCAUUCUGGAGGAGGCGCAUGGAGUCUGCAAGCUGCUCAUCUAUAAGCCCGGCAAUAAGGAUAGUGGAAUCUAUACGUUGAAGGCCUUCAACUCCAGUGGAGAGGCGCAGAUCAACCACACCAUUGAGGUGGCCAAGAACCUCCACUACCACGUCCCGGGCAUCUUCCGUGCUCGCGACAAGAUCCAGCUAGACAGCUUGCGGCAGGCCAAGAAGGCCAUUGAGGCAGCCAUGAAGUCCAAGGCCGAGUCGGACCAGAAGAGGGCGGAGGCCGAGGCGGAACAACAGCGCCAACGUCCAGUUCGUGCCUCUCCGGAGCCCCUGGUCCCAGCCAAACAGAAGCUGACCUUUGCCACCCAGUUGCGGGAUCGCAUGGCCCUGGAGGGCUCCACCAUCAAGUUUGUGGCCACUGUGAUUGGACCUCAGCCCAACACGCGCUGGAUGAAGGACGACAAGUGGGUGGUGGUCGGCGGUAACAUCCGCAACCUGUCCGAGGAGGGUAAGGCUAUUCUGGAGAUCGCGAACGUGACGGCCGCCGAUUCGGGAGUCUACAAGUGCGUGGCGAAGAACGAUCUGAGCGAGAUCGAGACGUCCUGCUACUUCAAGGUGUACAACGCCCAGGCGGAUGGUGACGAGUCGGAGCCCAUCUUCGCCCUGCCCCUGAGAGAUGUGUACCACGCCUCUCAGAACGAUCUAAUUCUCGACACGAAGGUGCGCGGCAACCCGCGCCCCGUCAUCUCGUGGACCAAGGACCAGAUACCCGUGGUUCUCGACGAUCGGGUGGUGCAGAUCGAGCACUUGGACGGCAUCUGCGAGCUGAUCAUCAACAAGCCGACCGCCAAUGACAACGGCAUCUACGUCUGCUCCGCCCAGAACAAGCUGGGCAGUCAGACGACCACCCACACCGUCGUGGUCGACACCAGUCACACCUCGCGCCGUUCGAGCAUUUUGUCCGCGAUCGCCAUGCAGGAAGGAGGGGAGGCUGCCGAAGGCAAGGCCAAGAGCAGGAAGAAGAAGAAGGACGACGAUGAGGAAGGCGGCGGUGGUGAAGGUGGAUACGAGCGGCGCAGCCGCAUGCCAGAUCCCUCGCCGAAGCAGAUGCUCUACUUCACGGUCAACCUGUCCAACCGCUAUGUUGCCGAGGGCUCGAAGGUGAAGCUGCAGGCCGUCAUCGGAGGUCCGGACGCCACGAUCAAGUGGCAGAAGGACGACCAGAAUGUCCAGUACGGACCGCGCAUCCGUAACAUGAACCGCGACAGUCUGGCCGUGCUGGAAUUUGUCAAUGCCCAGGCGGAGGACUCGGGAACCUACUCGAUCGUUGCCCAGAACGAGUUCUGCAAGAUCACCACGUCGGCCCUGUUGCACGUCUACCAGCCGAAGGUGAACACGGACGUGCAGCCCGUCUUCAUUCGUUCUCUCAAAGAAACUUAUCAUCUAAACACCAACGAGCUGAUUCUGGAGACAGCGGUGCGCGGUCAACCCACUCCGGAGGUGCAGUGGUUCAAGGAUAGCAUUGAGAUCCAAAGCGGUGGUCGUUACCAGCUGCUGGAGCAUCAGGAUGGCACUUGCGAGCUCAUCAUCGACCGCCCGGACAACAAGGACUCCGGAAAGUAUGUGGUCAAGGCGGAGAGUCGGGCCGGAAAGAUGGAAAUCUCGCACUAUGUGCUUUUCGAGGGGCAGGCUCAUCACAUUGCGGACAACAUCCACGGAGUGUUCCACGCGGACAAGAGCCUGUUGCGCCCCAAGGAGGCUGAGAAGCCGGCUGAGAAGAAACCAGCUCCGGCAGCAGAACCAGAAUCGGAGGCUGAGGAUGGAAAGGGCAAGCGACGUGGCAAGAAGGACGACGAAGAUCCCGGAUCCUCGGCCUACGCCUCCGACUAUGCCUCAGACACGGCCAGCUUGUCAAGCAAACGACGCGAAAAGAAUAUUGCCAUCCACUUCAGCACUUCGAUGCGGGAUCGUGUCGUGGCCGAAGGCUCCAAGGUGAAGAUUUCCUGCUUCUUGGACGCAAAGGAGCCACAGGUGAAGUGGUUCAAGGAUGAGGAGCCCAUCCAGAAUGGACCCAAGAUUCGGGGUCGCUACAGUGAGGGUCUGUGUCUGCUGGAAAUUAUGAGUGCCACAGAGGAGGAUAAUGGCGAGUACAAGUGCUGGGGCCGGGAUGAGACCGGCGAGGCCUCCACCUCUUGCCGUCUGGAGGUUUACGCGGAUCCUGGCACCGGCGACGUGCCUCCCACAUUUACUCGCAACAUCAAGGAUACGAUGCACGGAAAGAUUAACGAGCUGCAACUGGAUGUGCACGUGCGCGGAUUGCCCACUCCGGCCGUGAGCUGGACAAAGGAUGGUGUCAGAAUCGAAAACAGCGACAAAUACCAGCAGGUGGACCAUGAUGAUGGAACUUGCGAGCUGUUCAUCAGCAAUCCAAAGCCAGCGGACAGCGGCAAGUACGUGUGCCAGGCGGAGAACCGCGAAGGCAAGACCGAAAUAGUCCACAUGAUCACGGUGGAGCCAAGGGUCAGAGCCCCACGCCUGUCACCGCCCAGAGAGGGCCGGCCACCCCGUCCGGCUGGCGAUGGAGAAGACGCAGCUGGAGCUGGAGAAGAAGGCGUCGAGGGCGGUGAGGAAGGCGAGGGCGGAGAGAAGCGCCGUCGGAAGCCAAAGCCCGAUGAGGAGGAGCAGGGAGGCGGCUCCAGACGCGAGGUUCCACCGCCUCCAGAUCUAAGGAAGCGACUCUACUUCAGGAACUAUCUCUCCAACCGCACUGUCAAGGCCGGAAGCAAUGUCAAGUGGAUGGUUAAUAUUGACGGACCGGAGCCAUCGGCCAAGUGGUUCCACGGCGAAACAAAAAUUGACUUCGGGCCGAAGAGCAAGAUGUCCAUGCAGGACGGCAUCGCUUGGCUGAACUUGGUGGGGGUCACGGAGGAGGAUGCCGGCGAGUACACGCUGCGGGUCAGGGGCCCCGAGAACGAGAUUGUGAGCACUUGCAAUCUCUUUGUGUACAGCACGGGUAAACCAGAGGUUAUAUCGCCCACCUUUGUUUCGGGCAUCAAAGACACAUAUUCUCUCAACGAGAAUGAGUUGGUUCUGGACUGCCGCGUGCGUGGACAGCCUCGCCCAGAUAUCGUGUGGAUGAAGGGCAACGAGAUCCUCGAGAGCAACGAAAAGUACAAGCUGACCGAUCAAGCCGACGGUUAUGCCAAGCUGGUGAUCAACAACCCCACGGAGAAGGACUCUGGCGUCUACUCGUGUGUGGCCAGGAACGAGGGCGCCGAGAACAAGAUCUCCCACCAGGUGGACUUCAAGGGCAAGCAGCACUACUCACUGGAGAAGACCCAUGGCUUCUUCCACCGCGAUCCCAACAAGCCGCACUUCCUCCUGCCCCUGGGCAACCAGACCGUCUGCAAUGGCGGCACCGUGGCAAUCUCUGCAGAAUUCAUGCAGACUAGCACGCCCAUCGAGGUCAAGUGGCUGCGCGACCGCCAGGUGGUGGACGGUCCCAACGUCAAGGCCCUGGCCGAUCGUGGUGUGUACACGCUGACCAUCAUGAACGCCUCGCCGGAGAUCGAGGGCACCUACACCUGCCGAGCCUCGAAUGCCUUCGGCCGGAUCGAGUCGCAUGCCAACAUCGAUGUGUCUGUGGGAGCGCCCAAGGAUGAGCGUCCACCGCUGUUCCUAUCGCGACCGGACACGGAAAUGAAGAUUGCAGUUGGCGAUCCCUUCUCGCUCUCCUUCCGCAUUGCUGGCGAUCCGAAACCCAAGCUGACCUUUAUGAAGGGCACCAAGGACAUCACCCAAUCCGACCGCGUCAGCAAAGAGGUCUCCGAUGACUACACCAGAUUCACAGUGCAACAAGCCCAAAUCUCCGAUUCCGGCACCUACUUCGUGGUGGCCCGCAACAACUUUGGCACUGACAGGAUAUUCGUGACCGUCACGGCACACCCUCGCGCUCGCUCCGCCACGCCAACGCAACCCCGUUGGGGGCUUCCCCUGGACAGUUACAGCGACACUUCGUACUUCAGAGAUCCUCCGGGCUGCAUUGCCACCGAGCCAUUGGUCGUGGACUCCGGCCCCACCCACAUUUCGCUGUCCUGGGGCAAGCCGGUGAGCGCCAACUCCGCUCCGGUCAUCGCCUACAAGGUUGAGUCCUGGGUGGUGGGCCAUGAGGGUGGAGCCUACUGGAGGGAACUGGGGCUGACGCCCAUCAACUCCUUCGACGCCUUCAACCUGAAGCCCAACGUCGAGUACCACUUCCGGGUGACGCCCAAAAACCGCUACGGCUGGGGUCCGGCCGUGCACACGAGCUCUCCCUUGCAGGUCGGAGGCGUGGAGUGCCUGCCCGAGUUCGUGAAGAUCCUGCCCGGCCAGGCCAAGGCUUUGCUGGGCUCCUCCUUCACGCUGCAGUGCAACAUGCGUGGUGCUCCACGGCCACAUGUCACCUGGUUCAAGGACGGCAUUCAGCUGAGCAGCAGUUCGGAGCGCGUUAAGAUCCGCCAGAUCGGCUCGACCUGUGCUUUAACUAUUGCCACCGUGAGCGAACUGGAUUCCGGCCGCUACACCUGCGAAGCAACCAACUCCAAGGGAAGGGUGUCGACCUUCGCACGCCUCCAGGUUGUCACGGACUCGAGGAUCUACGAGGCGGACUCGCGCCUCAAGGAGAUCGCCCACGGACGCAGUCAGGGCGAGGUGGGAGACUCCCUGCCCAUCUUCACAAUGCGGCUGCGGGACCGGCGUGUCCAGGUCACCUACCCCGUUCGUCUAACCUGCCAGAUUGUGGGCUACCCUGUGCCCGAGAUUCUGUGGUACAAGGACGAUCAGCUGAUCGUGACCGGAAGGAAGUACUUGACGACCUCGGAAGGCCAGUUCUUUACUUUGGAAAUCGCAGCCACCACACUGGAGGACAGUGGCACCUAUACUUGCCUGGCCAAGAACGAGCUGGGCUCAGUCUCCUGUCAUUGCAUCCUGGUGGUGGAUAAGGGCAUUCGGGCCUACAUAUCCCCGGACUUUUACGUGCCCCUGGAUCCCUUUUACAUUUUCCGCGAGGGCUCCGAGAUCCGUUUGUCGACCAAGGUGGAGGCCUAUCCCGCUGUGGGCGUCACCUGGCAUCGCAACGGUAUGAGGCUGCGGCCCAGUCGCCGGCUGACAGCUACUCUGGACUCCAACGGUUACGUGGAGCUGAUAAUCGCCGAGGCCUCGGCCCGGGAUGCAGGCAUUUAUGUGUGCGUCGCUUCCAACGUAGUGGGCAAGGUGGAGACCAUCUGCCGCGUGGCCAUCGAGGAGGAGGAGCACGAUGCAGUGCGGCCGUCGAGACCCCUGGAUAUACCCAGCAUUAAGACCGACGAUCUACCUUAUUCCAAGGAGCCCUUGUUCGUGGUGAAGCCCCGCUCCAGCGAAGCCUACGAAGGCGACAACAUCAUCAUUUUCUGCGAGGUGGUUGGCGAUCCAAAGCCCGAAGUGGUUUGGCUGCGCGAUUUUCUAAAUCCGGAGUACUACAAGGACGCACCGCACUUCCGACGCAUCGGAGACGGACCCGAGUACCGCCUGGAGAUACCCAGCGCCAAGUUGGACUUCACCGGCACCUACUCAGUCAUAGCCAGUAACUGUCAUGGCGAAGCCAAGGCUGUAAUUUCCUUGCAAAUCUUCGCAAAAGACAUUCUUAAAGAUAGGCGUAUGGAUCAGGUGCAGACGCGCCACAGCAACAUCGAGACGCUUCCUCGCUUCGUACGCAACCUGCGGAACCUGCGCUGCUGCGAUGGGGAUGCCAUUUCGUUGGAAUGCCAGGUGGAUGCCGAUCCCGAGCCAUUUAUAAUAUGGGAGAAGGAUGGAAGAGUGUUACCUUCAGAUAGAGAUUACGAAAUGUCAUUCGAUGGAACCAAGGCUACGCUAAGAAUACCGCGAGUAUAUCCGGAGGAUGAAGGCGAGUACACGUGCGUGGCAAAGAACUCGGUGGGGCGAAGUCUGUCCUCCGCUUGCAUCAUCGUGGACGUGCCUGAGGAGAAGGAGAACAUGCUGAGUCGCCAGCUGACACGACCUAGUGGCCUCUUAUCCGCCCACUCCACUCCCCGUUCCACCCCCAGAUCUACGCCCGCCCGCAGCUUCUCCCCAUUCCGCUUAUCCUACCGGACAAGUAGCAUUGAUCUUACGGGAGUAGCCGAGCGGCGGAGGAGUGACGCCCGUACCGCCAUCACGGCGCCCAAGUUCCUGGCCAUCCCCUACAAUCGGGUAGUGGAGGAGGGCGACUCCGUGCGGUUCCAGUGCGCCAUCUCUGGUCACCCGACUCCAUGGGCCACCUGGGACAAGGACGGUUUGAUUGUCACCCCCACUCCCCGGAUCGCCGUUAAGGAAAUAGACGACUUAAGAAUUAUUGAGAUCGAUGAGGUGUCCUUUGAUGACGCCGGUCUGUACAGGAUUACGCUGGAAAACGACUUUGGGCGCAUAGAGGCCACUGCCCGGCUCGACGUGAUCAGCAGCUCGCGGUACUCCAAGUCGCCAUCGGUGCGGAGCGUGCGCGCCUCCUCCUCCCGUCGCAAUGCCUACCUAUACCGGCGCAUCAUGGGUCCAUCUACAGCAAUUGGCGGACGCAUGGCUCUGGCCAGCGGAUACCGAGGCUCUUCGGUUCCCUCCGUCAGAUUCUACCACAACUCCUUAGAAAUGGAGCCCUCGGAUCGGGUACACAUAGUGUUCGACGAGGAGAAUUCGAUGGUCGUACUGUUGGUCGACAAUGUGACCCUAGCGGACGAAGGCGAGUACAGCUGCAUCAUCAGCGGGGACCACGAUCCCCUAAUCAGCUCCACCACAGUCACUUUCCAUGAGGCGGGUAGGGAAAUACACAGAAGCGGAGCCAAUAUUAGUCAACCCCUCCCGGAGAUUAGCAGUGCUUUAGAAGGCGAAGUGAUAGACCUUACAUGCGUCAUCGAUUGCGACGAGCCAUUCAGCUAUGUCUGGCUCAGGAAUGGAGAAGUUCUGCCGGAUAGCGAAGAAUUCAACUACAUCGAUCACGGCAAUGGACGUCUCGGCCUGCGCAUCACGGAUGCCUUCGACAUUGACUCCGGAACUUACAGCUGUCAGGUGUUUACCUCGGAGUCUCCCUCUGGGGAGUGCGAGUGCGACUGUAGCACCAGCGGGGAGCUGCGCGUUGUGGAACGCGAUCUAAGGCGGGAGGACCAGGAAUGCGUGCAGCUGCUGAAGACCCCACUACCGGUAGUCUGCGCGGCGGGAGAGGAGGUCAUCUUUUAUGGACGUGUUUUCCCCUGUGACGCGGAAGCCGAAUGGUACCUCAAUGGAGAGCAGCUAAUAGACGAUGACUCACUUGACAUGACGUUGGAGUCCUAUCCUGAGAACGGCAUUCGGCUGUUGCGUCUUCGAGACGUCCCCGCCUCCAAAAGCGGAGAGAUCUACCUGCAGGUGAAGCAUCCCCAGGCGGAGGCAAGACGCCUGCCCGCUACCAGAACCUACACCAGCCUCCUGGUCCUGCCCUCCAUUCGAGGCAACAGCUCCUCCGCCUCGCUGGCCGCCAGAAGCUGCUUUUUGUCGCGGCCCGAGGAUUGCACCGCCCUCAUCGGCGGCCAUGUCCGGCUGAACGUCCGCUACGAGCCAUUCCCGGGCACCAAAGUGGUGUGGUACAAGGCGAGCCGCGCCAUAGUUGAAAGCUCGAAUGUUAGCAUCCGGACUACGGCCCAGCAGUCGACGCUCUACAUCUCCGACAUCUCGGCGGAUGACAGCGGCAAGUACACGGUGGAGGUGAUGAGCGAUUACGGAAUCGAGGCAGCCGCUGCCUCCGUGGCAGUGGAAGGUCCUCCGGAACCGCCCAGUGGCCAGCCCAGCGUCUCCCUUGGACCGGAUCGGGUGGCUGUAGCCUGGUGUGGUCCCCCCUACGACGGUGGCUGCAUGAUCACCGGAUUCAUCAUUGAGAUGCAGAUCUGCGAGGAAGACGGCCGCGAGGACAACGAAGAGGACUCCUGGCAACAGGUGGCUCGGGUGGUGGACACUUUGGCGUACACGGUCAAGAACCUGCAACCCCAGACUCAGUACCGGUUUAGGGUUAGAGCCGAGAACAUCCACGGCCGGAGUCCGCCCAGCCACGUCAGCGAAACGGUGAAGAUUAUUGGCAGGGUCCAGAGGACGCCCGAUGAGAGGGCCUCCACGGUCAGCGUAGAGUCUGGCGGUGACUUUAAGUCACGCUUCCAGAUCAUCGAGGAGCUGGGAAAGGGGCGCUUUGGUAUCGUCUACAAGGUCCAGGAACGUGGACAGCCGGGCCAGCUGUUGGCCGCCAAGGUGAUCAAGUGCAUCAAGGCCAGGGACAAGCAGAAGGUCGUUGAAGAGAUCUCCAUUAUGCGAUCCCUGCAACACCCCAAGCUGCUCCAGCUGGCAGCCUCCUUCGAGAGUCCCCGGGAGAUCGUCAUGGUUAUGGAAUACAUUACUGGCGGCGAGCUCUUUGAGCGGGUGGUGGCCGACGACUUCACCCUAACCGAACUGGACUGCAUCCUGUUCCUGCGCCAGGUGUGCGAGGGCGUGGCCUACAUGCACAGCCAGAGCGUGGUCCACCUCGACCUGAAGCCGGAGAACAUCAUGUGCCACACCCGCACUAGUCACCAGAUCAAGAUCAUUGACUUUGGCCUGGCCCAGCGGCUGGACGCAAAGGCUCCCGUCCGAGUUCUGUUUGGCACCCCGGAGUUUAUCCCUCCGGAGAUUAUCAGCUACGAGCCCAUCGGCUUCAAGUCGGACAUGUGGAGCGUCGGAGUCAUCUGCUAUGUUCUGCUCUCUGGGCUAUCGCCCUUCAUGGGUGACACGGACGUGGAGACCUUUUCGAAUAUAACCCGGGCAGACUACGAUUUCGACGACGACGCCUUCGACUGCGUUUCGCAGGAGGCCAAGGACUUUAUCUCACAGCUUCUGGUUCAUCGGAAGGAGGAGCGCCUGACCGCUCAGCAGUGCCUGGAGUCCAAGUGGCUGUGCCAGCGAUACGACGACAAUCUCAGCAACAACAAAAUCUGCACGGACAAGCUCAAGAAGUUCAUCAUCCGGCGAAAGUGGCAGAAAACCGGCAAUGCUAUUCGCGCCCUCGGACGGAUGGCGAACUUGUCGGCCUCGCGCAGGAACUCCGCUAUCGCUAUGGGCGCUCUGAGUAGCCCCCGGCCCUCUCUGUCCGGACUAGGCCUGCUCAAUGCGAGUGCCAUGAUAUCGAGUGGACUGAGCGCCCAGAUGACGUCGCUCCACGAGGAGGAGGACGACUUCAGCGUGGAGAUGUCACCCCUGGUGGAGAAGCGUUCCGUGCUAAAGUUCCGGGACAAAUCUCAGUGCAGCGAACGCAGCGAUUCCGGCUACAGCGAAUGCUCCAACUGCAGUGGAGCGCAGGAGACGCUGCUCCUCUCGCUGGCCAAGUCCAAGCUAGAGCAGAUUGCGAAGGCCUCCGCUGCUCUGCCCGUGGCCGCGCAGGAUCCGGAGAGUGCUUUGACUCUGGAGCUGCCCACAAAGGGCCAGGAGUCCAUCAUGCGUUCCGACUUUACGAACACGAUCAAGAUGCGCAAGAAGUCGCUGGAGGACAGCUGUGCAAGGGAGAAGUCCAAGACCAAGCCCCACAACAAGCCCGCUUGCGAGUCCAAGCUGAAGGUGUCCCAGCUGAAGGACAGAUUCCAGACCCAACCCGCUUCCCUUGCUGCUCCUGCUGCAUCCGCUGUUAAAUCCGCUAAGCUCCCGCCUCCCUGCGAGCCAUUUAAGAUCUCGAAAGUGGCGAGCGUGGGACGCCUAAGCAGAACAGAGGAGCCACAAACAUCUAGGAGAGGCCCUAGCCCAGGAUCCCGAAAAGACACCCCUGUCCAAGCCCGGUCUAUGCCUAGCUCCCCGGUGCCUCAGCGCUCCGCCACGCCGACGCGGCUGAUGAGCCAGCGCGUCCGAGAGGCCGCCGAGCGGCUCGCCCAGCAGCAGACGGUCGCCAGCGGGGCUCGUCGGCAGCUCAGGGGCAACGGCAAUGGAAACAACAGCAACAGCAAUGUCAACAAUGGAAGCAACCCGACCGGCGGUAUUGGGAACACGGAGUCCAACCGCGAGUCACGUGCGCGACAUCUCAUUAAAAGAUUCAACAACGGAUCACAGCUUAUUACGUCCUAGAUUAGGUCGGUUUAGGGCCGACACGAUUUAAAAUUUAUUUUAAAAAUACAGCGGAGCGGAUACACAUCCAUAUAUAUAUUAUAAAUGAAACCCCACGAGACAAAAUAAUUACGAAACACUCGAAUAUGAAAGCGAAUCCGAUUGCAAUUGCGAUUGCGAUGGCGAUUGCGAGCAACACAUCCACAUCCACAUCCAUUACCCGCACACACCCACUUACAGUAGGAUACAUCUAUCCGACAUCCGGCAUCCAGUCCCAUGGAUGGACUCCCUCGAUCGGAGGGAAUGUACUUAGGCUAGAGGAAGCUAAGUGUUUAAAUUAUUGUUUCGAUUUAUAUACAUAUCUACCAUACUAAUUAAAGUUAAAGUAACGAAUUUA